AUGUAUAUGCUUCUAUAGUUUUUUUCUUUAGAUACAACACACCAAUUAGUGAGAUUACGAUAAUUUACUACUCUUUUAAGAAUUAUUGAUACUCAUAUAUACAUAAUACCAUCGUCUACAAAACUAAAACCCUGACCAAAACCCUUACUUGAAUUUCUUCAAUCCAAUCCCCAAAUGUUCAAAUUUUCCUCCACGUUUCUUCUUCAUUUCAUCCAUAAACGUUCUCUCAAUACCCUUUCUACUUCUACAUUGCCUUUACCCUCUGUUUCUACCAUCCAAUUUCUCACUAAUUCAUGUGGCCUUUCUUCUGGAUCUCCUACUUCCCACGGUCGAAAGCUCCAAUUCGAUGAAAAAAACAUCCAGCAGUACGAAGCCAUUAUCGGUUUCUUGAAAUCUCAUGGAUUCGAGAAUUCACAGAUCGCCAAGUUGGUCUCGAAGCAACCUUCCAUCCUUCAAUCCAAAGUAUCCACCAAUCUGAAGCCUAAAUUUGAGUUCCUCCAGGAAGUCGGUUUCGUCGGUCCUUUACUUCCUAAGGUAAUUCUAACAAGCCCUGCGAUUCUUCUCAGGAGCUUAGAUUCUCAGUUGAAACCAUCAUUUCGUUUCAUGAAGGAAAUGCUUGAACCGGAUGAAAAGUGAAGGAGUACCUUCUAAGAAUAUAGCCAAAAUGAUUGCAUAUAAGCCUACAACUAUUAUGCAUAAGGUUGACAGAACGAUUCAUGCAGUGAAAACGGUUAAAGAAUUAGGCAUUGAACCAGAAGCUCGCAUGUUUGUUUAUGCAGUUUUAGUGAGGCUUUCAAUGAGUGAUUCAACUUGGAAGAAGAAAAUAAAUGUUAUGAAGAGUUUAGGAUGGUCUGAGAAGGAGAUUUUUACCGCAUUUAAGAAAUAUCCACUUUAUUUAACUUGUUCAGAGGAGAAAUUGAGGGAUGUUGCAGAUUUCUGUUUCAACACUGCAAAGUUGGAUCCAGGAAGUGUAAUUAUUUACCCGAAGUUCUUCAAAUGUUCAGUCAACGAGCGGCUCCAACCGCGGUACAAAGUUCUUGAGGCUUUGAAGGUGAAAAAUCUUCUUAAGAGCAAAAAGAUUGCGUGGUUGCUUGUAGAAGGGGAGAGAAUUUUUUUGGAGAACUAUGUUCUUAAGUAUUUGGAUGAAAUCCCAAAUCUUAUGGACAUAUACCGGGGCAAUGUCGUAGCCGAAACCAAAUCUGCUCCAUAGGAUUGGAAAAUUGUAAGUUAAAAUCUUCUCAAAGUCUAAAUUUCAGCAUAAUGAUCUUCAAAUGAGAGAGCAUCUUUCUUGUUAUUGAGUCUACUGUUUCAAACAACACUGCUUCUUGAGCUUUUCAAGAUCUCUCCCUUUUUUCAAGUGGGAGAAAUCUGUUGUCUUCCCUCCCAAUUCGAGGUAUUGCCUAAAUAUUUUGCUAUAUAUUUCUUGGACCUGUUAAUUGCUUGGUUGUGUAUGAUUAAUGUUGAAAUGGGAGACCUUUUGUUUUUCCCUUCCUCA